AUGUUACGGGAAAUGUAUUUAGCGAAUAGAAAGAAUAUAGUAGCUUGCCGUCCAGUGGUGGCAGAUAUGGGGAAAAUGUCGUUGGACGCGGAGGAUAAGCGAAGAGGAUGUAUCGUCUGCUCGGUUGUGAAAAACCGAACUAUUCUGGAUUUUUCCUUAUCUGAUGUUUCGACGUUGGACGAGUGGUUCACCAACUGUACAGGCGUGCGUGAUUGGUUGCGGUAUUGGAAGAAAGUGAAAUGUGUGAGAGCAAGUGAGAAUGAUGAAGUCGCUGAUGACAAAUCUCUUUUAAUUUUCGAUUUCAAAGAGACAGUUCUGGAAUCAUUUACGAUUGCUUAUCUUGGAAGCUGUGAAACAAAAAAGCUCAACAAGGAAAUCAAUGAAGAAUAUUUGACUGAGCGAAAUGACAGUAGCACUCAAAAACGCUUAAUAUCAUCUCACAAUGGGAUAACAGCACGGAAUCAAUACUUGAUUAUCGAUAAGAUUGCUUAUCUUGGAAGCUGUGAAACAAAAAAGCUCAACAAGGAAAUCAAUGAAGAAUAUUUGACUGAGCGAAAUGACAGUAUUAUGUGUACCAAACCGGAAACUUAUGAAAAUUUUGUCUGGGCUAUCGAAAAACAUCAAACUGAAUCUUCACAAAAGAAACAGGAUGGCAAAGCUUCAAAAAAUACAUUCGUUCCCAGAACAAACUACUCAGAAUGGAUAGCUUUGUCAUCCACCACAACUUCUGAUUCGUCAUCAACUGACUUCACGCAUUUGAAUUACUGUGAACAACUCAGUUGUAAUUUCGAAGAAAACGCUUGUAAUUAUUUAAAUCAUAGUCUCACGAAGAUUCCAUGGAUGUUGCGAAGUAAUGUCUAUGAAAUGAUUAUUUCAAAAUCUGUUGAUUUACUUCCAUUUCCACCAAAAGAUCAAUUCAUCAGCACUAGGUUACCUUCUCGCUAG